AUGAAACGCAAGCGGAGCCAGAUCGUGGCGGAGAUUGUCGACACCGAGCGACAGUAUCUGGACGAUUUGCGGAUUCUCCGCGAGGUGUUUGUCGUCCCGGCAAUCGAAGCCAAGGCGCUGCCGCCCGGCGACAUCAAGGUUCUGUUUGGCAACCUCGAUGCAGUCAUCGAGACGGCCGAGCUGGUUGUCUCGGCACUCGAGGACGCCAUCGCCAAGUCCCCCGACCCGGAGGGCCAGCCCCUGGGCAGCACCUUUUUGUCGGUGCUCACUCCUAUCGAGCGGGCAUAUUGUGAGUACUGCAAGCACAACGAGGCGUGCGUUGCCAAGCUCGGUGAGUACGUCUCGCCCGAGUGCCCCGAAGAAAUCAAGGCAUUUUUGAAAGAGCGCCAGGCGCAGCUCGUGGGCCGGACACUUGCCUGGGAUCUGGCCUCGCUGGUGAUCAAGCCGGUCCAGCGCGUGCUCAAAUAUCCGCUUCUACUGCGGGAGCUGAUCAAGGAGACUCAGUCCGCGCACCCAGACUAUGCCACUCUGGUCGAGGUUCAGCUGCGGUUUGAGCGGAUCGCAACCAACAUCAACGAGGUCAAGAAGCGCAAGGACAUUGUCGACAAGUACAUCGAGAAGAAGGGCAACGUCAACGUCAUUCAUGGCAUCAACAAGAAGUUUGUGCGCGGCACCGAGAUGCUCAAGCAAAAGACCGGCCUCAGCGGCGACAUCACGCUCGACUCCGACUACGAUCGCAUCUCGACGCAGUUCGGCGAUAAGGCAACGCUUGUUGCAGUGCUCAAGCGCGACAUUGCCGCCUGGAACGAUGCCGUCAGCAAGUACGUCAAGGCGCAAGAGUCUGUCUACCUGGGACUAGAGGAUAUCUACAAGAUGAACCUCGAUUCAGCCGAUACGCGCGAUCUUGCGCUCUAUCCCAGCUUCCAGCUGCUGUUGGACUAUCGUCGAGAAGCCACUCGGGUCAGCUCUGAGGUCAUCCGCGAUGCCGAAAAGCUGUCGGACCGGCUGGUGGACAUGCUGGACCAGCUGUCUGCAGUCUUUAGGGAGCCGCUGCUGCUGAUGAAGAAGCGGAACGAGAAAUUGCUUGACUUUGACCGAGUGCGCGCCAUUCGGGCCAAAGGCGAGACGCCGGACAGCUUUCUCGAGCAGUCUGCGGCAGAGUAUCCGUCCAUCAACGCCCAGCUGAUAGAGGAGCUCCCGCUAUUGACGCACCAUGCGCAGAAAUAUGUCGGCCGAAUCUUUGAUAUGCUCAUGGUCUCCCAGGCCCGGAUCUAUGUGCAGCUGACGGAGACCUUGGCUCCGAUUUGGGAGAACGCGAGCGUAGGCACUGGAGCACACUGGCGCAGCGACGAUAUUGUCCUUGAGUUCCAGGAGGCAUUCCGCAUUGGAUGUGAGGCGGAGCAGCUGGCCUCCCAGAUCGACUUGCUGAGCUCGUGGUGGAAGGUGACAUGGCGUAAGUAG